UAAAAUCUCCUCCCGAUAUCAGAGCACCGAUAAUACAAAAGCUUUUGAUAUCGUUUAAUUCCUGAAGACUCGUAGUAAAGUGCAAACGACGUUCGUGCGUUCAAUAUGCGGCCGUGGUACGCGUGUACUCGCGCGGAGUACCGGCGGAAAAGUCCGAUAAGGCGGAAAAUCGCGCGAGCGAAUAUCGCUUCCGGCGCUCCGGGAAAUUAUUUCAUUGCUGCGCGAAAAGAGAUCACCUUGGCCGGACGCGUAAACGGCGCGCGCGCAUUGAGGAAAAUCGUUGCGAUUUUAUCUCUUAAAAAUAGCGAUAAAAUAUUCGCAAACAAAUAAAUCGUAGUAAUUGAACAGAGAGAUGAAACAAACAGAGAUUCAAUGAGAUAACAGAGAUUCAAUGAGAUAACGUUUGAAAGCGCGGCAGCUUUUUUGCGCGCCAUUCCAGCCCCCGACAAUUCAUCCCUUCUUCUCACCGUCUCCCUUCAUCGCGCGUCGCUGCUAUAAAUCAAUAACAUUUUCGUUUCCAGAAGGUUCGGCUGAAAUGACGACGCUUUCAUUUUUGCAGUACGAAAAAUCUACGUAUCUGAUCGCGCUAAUUUCCCUUCUCUCGCUGUCCCUUUCGGAACAGGGCGGUCACGUGUUUUCUCUCUCUCUCUCUUUCUCUUUCUUUCUCUCCUCCUAUUUUCUCUAUUUCAAUUUUCGUGGAAAAUCCCUCAAAUGGAAUCGACGAUGUUACAAAUUGGUCCGGGUUAUUGGAAACUGUGUCGAGGCUGAAUCGAGAGGAAUCGAGAGCAGCGGUGAUAUUGACAAACAAAGAAACUGGCCCGGGACUUGCGCUCCUGUUGCUUGGAGCGCGCGGCGCGCAUGCGCGGGCGACACCGCAACUGACUCAGCGAGAAGCGGCGCUCGCGCCGGUGGGGACAGUUCGUUUCAGCGCAACGAUCCGGCCAGGUCUUGUGUGAUCGAGAGCUGUUGAAGUUUCGGUCUCAAACCCUGUGCCUAGCGCUCGAUCGGCUCGUUCAUCUUCCUGGGAGAAGCAAACCCGAUCAAGAUGAGUGACGAACAAUGGAGAGGCAAUAUAAUAGACUUUUCACAACCACCGACGGACGCGUCGUCUUCGUUUGAUCAAGGACGUGCACCGGUCAAGGGUAAAGGACGUGGUGCAGCUGUGUACAAUAACAACAACGAUGACAGCGAUUUCCGCGUGGGUGGUGGUAAUUCUUAUAGCGAUGAGAAUGCGAGCUACCAAGAAAGCCGUAACGACAGCACCAGCAAUAGAGAUUACGGCAAUAAUAGAUAUAAUGGCAGCGGUAACAGAUUCGGAGGAAACGACAAACCGCGUUACGGGAGAGGCGACGGUGAUGGAAGUGACCGCAGGUGGCAGGGGCAAAGUAAUAGGAAUAACGGUGACUGGGAUAAACGCAACAGGAAUAAAAAUGACGGCGAAACCGAGGACGGGGGGUAUGAUGGGAAUGAUGGGAGAAACGAUAGGAGAGAUGGACCGAGACGGGAUAGAAACGACGACAGAGGCGGCAGAGGCGGUGGUUACGGUGGUGGUAGAAACAGGAGAGGAGGCGACGAUGAUUAUUACGGCGAUGCAACCGAUGAAAAUCGCGAAGAUAGGGGAGGACGAGGCAACAGGAGAAACAACAGCGACGGCAAUAGAGACGACGGUGACGGUGAUAAGAAGAACAGGGAGAUUUACAUUCCGCCGGAUGAGCCGAAUGAUGAGAACUACUUAUUCGGGCACGAUGUGUCGAUGGGAAUCAAUUUCGAUAAAUAUGACGAUAUCGAGGUGAAGGUGUCCGGUGAGAACGCACCGCUUCCGAUACAUUCCUUCGAAUCGUCCGGUCUGAGAACUCUGUUGGUGGAAAACAUCAAGAAGUCUGGUUAUCAGAGGCCUACUCCCGUUCAAAAAUACGCCAUCCCGAUUAUAUUGAGCGGCCGCGAUCUGAUGGCUUGCGCGCAGACGGGUUCGGGUAAAACGGCAGCUUUCGUCGUUCCCAUCAUACAUACUUUAUUGGAGAACCCGAAGGAACUGGUUAGAACGGGCACGUCCUGCGAGCCGCACGUAAUCAUAAUAUCGCCCACGCGCGAGCUCACUUCCCAGAUACAUCAACAAGUCCGGAAAUUCGCCCUUAGCUCUGUCCUGAAAAGUGAACUGGUUUACGGAGGAACGUCGGUCAUGCAUCAGGGAAACAGGGUUUCCGCCGGAUGUCAUAUUUUAGUCGCGACUCCGGGUAGGUUAUUGGAUUUCAUUGGGAGAGGCCGAGUCAGAUUGUCGUCUCUACGUUUCUUCGUGCUGGACGAAGCCGACCGAAUGCUCGACAUGGGUUUUUUACCUGAAAUCGAAAAGAUCGUCGACCACGAGACAAUGGUGCCUCCGGAAGAAAGGCAGACGUUAAUGUUCUCCGCUACGUUCCCCAGCGAGAUACAAGAGUUGGCGGGGCGAUUUUUGAAGAAUUAUCUAUUCCUUGCCGUUGGGAUCGUCGGCGGCGCCUGCGCCGACGUGGAGCAGAAUUUUUAUCAGGCGUCCGGGCAACCAGAUAAACGUAAGCUGCUGAAGGAAUUGAUACAGAAGCAGAAUGAGACCGGCAGUAUAGAAGGUACGUUGGUGUUCGUCGAACAAAAGAGACACACCGAUUUUAUCGCCGCGUUCUUGUCGGAAAACAAUUUCCCGACCACUAGUAUACACGGCGACAGACUGCAGAGGGAACGAGAAGAGGCCCUGUCUGAUUUUAAGCGGGGCAAGAUGUCGAUCUUAGUGGCGACGGCGGUGGCUGCGCGCGGUCUAGACAUCAAAAAUGUCGCUCAUGUUAUCAACUUUGAUUUACCGAAGACGAUCGACGAAUACGUCCAUAGAAUUGGACGAACCGGCCGAGUGGGUAAUCGAGGUAAAGCGACUUCUUUCUUCGACCCGGAGCAUGAUACGCCUAUCACUGGCGAUUUGGUGAGGAUUUUGAAGCAAGCGGGUCAGCCGGUGCCAGACUGGCUGGAAUGCGGCGGCGGUAGCAGAAGUUUCGCACCCGGUCGAGGAUCACGACGAUUCGGCGGAGUGGAUAUCAGAAACAACAAAGAUGGAUAUGGUGAAUCGUACGACGAAGUUAUUGGUGAUGCACCCCCCGUACAAGUGGAACCGGAAGAGGAGUGGUAAAUACAACGUACCUCAAUAUGAUAUUACGGAAAGAGUUUCUUUUAAGUUAAAAACAAAAGUAAUACACGUUGAGUCCGUCGA